CUGAAGUAAACAAUUAGACAACUUCCACAUGUCCACAUACGUGUCCUCUGUCUUCUCUCUCGCCACCAUGAAACAAAACCCUCUGAAGCGCAAACGCAACGAUGAGAUCACUGAAGAGAAAGUCGUACUACUCAUGGCUAUGCACAAAGAAGACGACGAGCACCAACAUACCAAACCGUCUCCACCAUCUUGGGAGAUUCUCUGCCUUGUUGGUCCUUACAUGGACCCUGAGUCACUAGCCGUAGCCUCUUGCGUCUCCACCACGUGGUCGAAGUGCUUCUCCUCGGAAGAUCUAUGGAAGUCUCUACCAGCCACACGACAUUCUAUAUUCGCUAAAGCCAUCACCAAGGAGGGAGCUAAGCCCGCCUGGUUAUCGUACAAGCGUCUAAUCUCUGAAGCAGAAUCUGCAGCAAAACGCCGCCGCAACAACCAACCCGCGGAGCCAAAGAUCUCUCUCUCCGAUCUUGUUUUCAUCGUCCACGUGUCAGCUGGAUCAAAAGAAGCAGUGGUUGUGAAACAGGGGAAGGAUCUUGUGUUUGGCUCGAACGAGCGGUUCCAAAUCGAAGCUGAUGUCCGCGACUCGGGAUUCACCGCCGAUAUGAAAGACGUGAGCAUGUCGUGGAACGUCGUGUUAAGGAAUUACGAAAGAAUGUUUCUAAUGUCGGAGACUGUUAUAAAGUCAUUAGAUUCUAUGAUUGGAUGGUUCACCGAUGAACUUCCGGGGACAAAGAACCGUUACUGUGACGGUAGCAACCUGGUGGGAGAAGUCAAGCCAAGUUUUAAUGAAGAUGUUCUUGAUAAAGUCGUGUUCGCUAUUGCAGAUUCACGCAACUGGAAGUCUCUGUUCGUUGACGAUGUCUUGAGAUAUCUCCAAUGUUUUCUUGUCGACUAAUAGUUUUCGAGUGUGGAUUAAUUGUUGAGCAAGUAACCUAGAAAUUUCUAAUGUAUAUUCCUUUUGUCAACAAGUUUCUAAUGGAUAAUGUACAAUAUCU